CUCUCCCUGCCUCGACUAGCCUGCAUGUGUGGGACAGUGACACGUAACUUUGUCCGUUUCACUGACGUGACCAGGCAGGACACCUCCACCUGGGGCAGGGAGAGCAGAGAGAGGACUUUUCUGAACCCUGUCCCCAACCAAAAUCCGUUUUAUUUUCAACAUUUUGUAGCAUGGAGGCGAGAGGCGCAACUGCAGGUGCUCUUGUGAGCAGUGAUGGAGAGGAAGAAACUGCGAAGACGACUGCAGCUCCAACAAAAGAUCAACCACAGACCAAAAGCAAGAUGGAGAAAAUCUUUGGGUUUAGGAAGGAGGACCUGGCCUCCUGGAGUAGCCUGGUGGCCCUCCUGAACCGUCCCACUGACCCUGCAUCUCUAGGCAUCUUCCGCUGCUUGUUUGGUUUGCUGAUGGCUAUCGACGUCACACAGGAACGUGGCCUCAGUCACCUGGACUACAAAUACCUGGAUGGUGCCCCUGUGUGCCGCUUUCCCCUCUUCAAUUUCUUACAACCACUGCCACUGGAUUGGAUGUAUCUGGUGUAUGUGGUGAUGUUCCUCGGAGCAUUGGGCAUCAUGCUUGGUUGUUUCUACCGUCUCUCCUGCCUCAUGUUCAUCUCGACGUACUGGUACAUCUUCUUUCUGGACAAAACAGCCUGGAACAAUCACUCGUAUCUCUACGGCCUCAUUGGGUUUCAGCUCACACUCAUGGAUGGCAACAGAUACUGGUCAAUCGAUGGACUAAGGAGGCCUUCUAUAAGAAAUGCUCACGUGCCUCUAUGGAAUUACACUGUGUUGAGGGCACAGAUAUUUAUUGUAUACUUCAUUGCUGGAAUCAAAAAGUUGGAUGCUGAUUGGGUGGAGGGAUACUCAAUGUCAUACUUGGCACACCAUUGGCUGUUUGAUCCUUUCAAAUUGAUUCUUCCUGUGGAGUUAGUAAACCUGUUGGUGGUGCAUGGAGGCGGCCUUGUUCUGGAUCUGACCGCCGGCUACCUGCUGUUUUUUGAUGCCACACGACCUUAUGGAUUUUUCUUUGUCUCCUACUUCCACUGUAUGAACUCUCAGCUCUUCAGCAUUGGGAUGUUUUCCUACACGAUGCUGGCCACCAGUCCUCUUUUCUGCUAUCCCAAUUGGCCAAGAAGAUUCUUUGCUCAUUUCCCAGCAUUCCUAGUGGCAGUCCUGCCACUCACCUCAACAGAACCUCAGCCCAGUACUUCUUGUGUUUACACUGAGAUCCACAGCACCAGCACCCAACGCCAGGAGGCCCCGCCUGUUGCCAAAUCUUCCAAACUGAGACUCAAGCACAAGCUGGGAGCCAUUUUUACUAUUCUCUACAUAAUAGAACAGUUCUUCCUUCCUUACUCUCAUUUCAUCACAAAGGGUUACAACAACUGGACCAACGGGUUGUACGGCUACUCAUGGGACAUGAUGGUUCACUCCCGCAGCCAUCAGCAUGUUAAGAUCACCUACAAAGAUGGAAAAACUGGGGAAAUUGGAUUUCUGAACCCUGGGGUGUUCACACAAAGCCGUCGCUGGAAAGACCAUGGAGACAUGCUAAAGCAGUAUGCCACUUGCCUCAAUCGCUUCCUGCCCCGCUAUAAUAUCUCUGAUCCGGAAAUCUACUUUGACAUCUGGGUGUCCAUCAAUGAACGCUUCCAGCAAAGGAUCUUUGAUCCCCGUGUGGAUAUUGUGAAGGCUGACUGGUCACCUUUCCAACCAAAUACAUGGCUGAUGCCUCUGCUGGUGGACCUGUCACAGUGGAGGACCAAGUUCCAGGAAAUUGAGGGCAGUUUGGACAAUCAGACUGAGAUUGUCUUUAUCGCUGAUUUCCCAGGUCUCCACUUAGAAAACUUUGUAAGUGAAGAUCUGGGCAACACCAGCAUACAUGUACUGCAGGGCAAUGUGAACGUUGAGGUAGUGGGGGAGAAAAAGAACUACACUCUUCAGCCUGGUGAGCAGAUAAAGGUGCCUGCUGGAGCUUACCAUAAGGUUUACACAGUGUCUGAAGACCCAUCUUGCUACAUGUACAUCUACGUCAACACUACAGAGACGGCGCUGCAAGAGAACUUCACCAAGCUGUUUGAGCUGCAGGAGCGCAUUCGCAAUGGGACAGAAACCGAGCCCCUUCCUCCUGAGCUGCAGCCUCUCAUCGCUGCAGACAGUGACGAAGGGUCAGAGGUCAACGCCACCGACCCGAUUGUACAGCUUUUCCUGAAGAGGCAGCGCCGCAUGAAGGAGGUGAAGAAACGCAGGGAGGCCAGCGUGCUGGAGCGAUUGGAGCGUUUUGCAGUGAAAAAGUACUAUACGAUACGGAGGGGGUUCUUGAUGACAGCUAUUGCUAUGAGAAACCUGCUGGUGGGUCUCCCUCCUCUUGAACAGCUGACAAGAGAAGUUGCCUUCGCUAACAUGAAAGAACCUCAGACAGAAACAAACCAGGACGAACGGCUGAAAGAUGAAGUUGGUCAUGGAGAACUUUAAAGCUGCCUUUGGGACCAAAUAUACUCUGUUGAAUUGCCUGCGGUUGCUGGAUAACAUAUUCCAGUAGGAUGUGUGUGUGUGAGUGUUGUUACUACUGGACUGUUACUGGGACAGCAAGCUGCCCAGAAAUCAGCAGAUUUUUAAUUUUCUAUUCAUCUGAAAAUACGGCAUUUCAGAUCAUUUCCAAAUGUAAAGUCAGUAUUUUGUUAUAGCGUUUGUUUACAAAUCUGAAUUUAUGCAGAUGACAUGUUUGUUAAAAAUCCUUGUUUUAAAAUGAAAAUGUACAACAAACAAACAAACAUGUUACUGAAAGUUUUAAUUUUUAAUUUGGCAAACAUAUUGACGUGAACAGGAUCAGGUUGGUCAAUAACGUUCCUGUAAAUGUUUUGUUUAUUGCCCAGCUAUAAUUUCAAAAAUUCUGGCUGAGUUAUAACAAGCAAAUUUACAUGCAAUAAGAUAUGUGGAGGUUUUCUCUGUUUUCUGGGUAAUAUACAUAUCAACUUUCAAGCUAACCCUAUAAUGUGAGAAAAACUGACUGACAGAAAUACUAAAUAAUUGUUAGCCUGUUAAUCGAUGGCCUUUCUAGUCACUUUUCUAAUAAAGAGCUAAUGAUUUCAUUAAA